GGGUGAAGGAAGGAAUUCAUAGCGUGGUGUUCGAGAUAAAGGACCAGUUGAGGACGAAGAAAAUUUGUGAUAUUUUGUUUAAUACUGAUUUAAAUUAAUUCAAAUUAAGAACCAACAUGUCACACAGGGACCGAAUGAAUGGAUCAUCUGGAAGAUCUGACAGAAAAAUCGGUCUUGGCUCACAUGGACUACCUAGCUCUUUUGGCGCUGGAAGGCGAGAUGACCGGGGCCGUGGGGGUUUCGGUGGUGGUCGAGGCGGUGGGGGAUUUGGCGGUGGUGGUUUCGGUGGUGGCGGGCGAGGUGGGAAGGGAUCCCAGCCAGGACAGUCCCUCAGGAGGCCAAAUUGGGAUAGCAUGAGACUAUCUAAGUUUGAGAAGAAUUUCUACGCCGAACAUCCAAAGGUCACAAACAGAUCUCCAAUGGAGAUACAAGCUUUCUUUGAAACACAUCAGAUCACGCAGCAUGGAAACAAUAUACCUAAGCCUAUACUUACAUUUGAAGAGGCAAACUUCCCAGAUUAUGUGAUCAACAACAUUCACACACAGUCCUGGACCGCUCCAACACCCAUACAGUCAGUUGGUUGGCCAAUUGCUCUCUCGGGUAACGAUUGCGUUGGCAUAGCACAGACCGGAUCUGGAAAAACAGCUGCUUUCAUACUACCAUCAAUCGUUCAUAUCAACAAUCAACCUUACCUAGAGCGAGGGGAUGGACCUAUCUGUUUGGUUCUUGUACCCACAAGAGAGUUGGCCCAACAGGUGCAACAGAUCUGUAAUGACUUUGGAACAUCCUCCAGCAUCAGAAAUGCCUGUGUAUAUGGUGGCUCACCAAAGGGCCCACAGCUUCGAGACUUGGAACGAGGAGCAGAGAUCUGUAUAGCCACCCCUGGACGUUUAAUAGACUUUUUAGAGAUGGGAAAGAUGAAUCUACGUCGAUGUACAUAUCUAGUCCUGGAUGAGGCUGACAGAAUGUUGGAUAUGGGAUUUGAACCUCAAAUUAGAAAGAUCAUAGAGCAAAUCAGACCUGAUAGACAGACCCUCAUGUGGAGUGCUACCUGGCCAAAAGAGGUUCGUCAGCUGGCUGAAGAGUUCCUCACCAACUAUAUACAAACGAAUGUUGGAGCCCUACAGAUCCACGCCAACCACAACAUUCUCCAGAUCAUCGAUGUCUGUCAGGAGACAGAAAAAGACCUCAAGUUGAUGAAACUGUUGGAAGAGAUCAUGCAAGAGAAGGAGAACAAGACACUCAUGUUUGUGGAGACAAAGCGCAAGGCUGAUGAGCUAGCUAGGAGGAUGAAGAGGGAUGGGUGGCCGGUAUUGUGCAUUCAUGGUGACAAAUCACAACCAGAAAGAGAUUGGGUUCUACAAGAGUUUAAACAUGGGAAGACUCCAUUACUUAUAGCUACAGACGUCGCAUCACGUGGAUUAGAUGUGGAAGACAUUAAAUUUGUCAUCAACUAUGACUACCCAAAUUCGUCAGAGGACUAUGUGCACCGUAUAGGACGUACAGGCAGGAGUAACCACAGUGGUACAGCGUAUACAUUCUUCACACCCAACAAUGUAAAACAGGCAAGGGAUCUCGUUGAAGUGCUACAGGAGGCGAAGCAGGUUGUCAAUCCCAAACUCAUCCAGCUUGCUGAUAGCGCCAGGGGCUUUGGAAGAGGACGUUUCCGCGGAGGUAGAAGUGACCGUGACCGGGGCUCCAGGUUUGGAGACCGGGAUCGGUUUGGAGGUCGCGGAGGGGCCAGGGGAGGAUCGAGAUUUGACAGUGAUCGCAGUGGUGGAAGCCGGUUUGACAGCGGCCGUAGUGAUCGGGGCAAUAGCGACGGUGGAUCUUCUCGAUUUGGUAGUAACAGCAGUGGGGUUGGCGAGAUUAAGGGUUUUGGAAACACCAGUGGUGGGGGUCAGUCUAGUCGUGGUGGUGGGGCUGGACCCUCCAGUAUGGGGCGGGGCACAGGAAGCUCUGUACGUGGGGGCUUUAAUCAGGGGUCAGGAUCCUACGGCAACAACCAGCAAAAAGGCUUUGGAAAUACCCAGGGUAGCCAGUUUGGUAACCCUCAACAGAACUCGUUUGGAAAUACUCAGCCAAAUGCUAAUCAAUUUGGAGGUGGCAAUGCGGCUCAUAGUGGUGGCCGUGGCGGCUACCCAAGUGGUCCCCCUCCUUCUCUCAUGAAUGGCAGCUUCCAGGCUCCUCCCCCCCAACCUAACUUUGGCCAGCCUCCUCCGCAGCCUCCCCAACAGAACCCAAUGAUGUACAACAACUGGAUGAAUGCCGGGCCUAGUGCCCCUCCUCCACCCCCUCCGAGGCAAUAAAUAGACGCAUUUGGUUUUUAUCUCUACAAACAUAACACUGCCUAAUUUAAGUUACUACGUUUCCAGUGUUUUGCAGUAUGUUGUCUUUAUUAGUAAUAAAUCAUGUGUGACUAGUACAAUGAGAACAUGUGUGAAAUGAAGUGAACUUUUUUGUGAAUAUUGCAUAUUUCCGAUGUGGUCUCGGUCACAAGUCUUGCAUGGUUAAUGUUUAUUUAUUGUUUCAUAAUCCAUGAUGCCCCACUGUUGUUUUAUACCCCUUUAUCAUGUUUUAUUUUUUUUAAAUCAUUCGUCAUUCUCCCAUUACAUUAUCAACGUUUUAGUUUGCUUCCAUGACUGUGAUUGUCCAAAUUGAUGGAAAGGACCAAGUCAUAACUUGUCGUUUAAAAUGUAUAAUAAUAAAUGUUACAACGUAAAUAAAUGUGAAAUUUU